AUGAAGGACACCGGUCAGCAACGUUUGCCACCUUUGCUUAUUCAGUCAUCGAGAAUUAAUGGUUGGUUAUUGUCGCGUAAAAUAAUACAGACGGACUAUCCGAAGAAACUGAAGGAGAUAGACUGCAAAGUCAACGAUUGCGUUAAUAAGUAUCCUGAAGUUGAGGUUCCGAUUUUUGAAAGCCCAUCAUUGUUCAUAGGAUGCCGUGAAUUUUUAGAAGAACUAGUCAAGACAGACAACAAAACUGACUUCUUCGGACGUUUUAGUCCGUUAGUUCGCGCGUGGACUGAAAUUGUCAGUUCGUUUCAGAAAAACAACUUAUACUUGGCCGAAGUAGGAGAUUCGAUCAACGAGUUAGCAGCUGUACAGGUCCCUAGGUGUAAAAUGUUCAUUUCAGACAGACAAAAAAAUUUAUUGGACUUACGCCAAAGGUUAAAAGAACAAAGUUUAAAUCUCAUCAGGAAAGAAGAGUUAUUGGAGAAAGUUUAUAAAGAAUUCCACGUUGAUGUCAAGGAAGAAAAUGUAAGGUUGCGUCUUCUGGAGGAGGCUGAGAAAGUCCCUAUGUUUUUGACAGAAUUUGUACACUCUCUCACUUACCUCAAAACCGCUCUUCAGUUGUACAUUGACUUCAAAAACUUUGUCCUGGGAGGUUUUCAGGAUGAAUAUCACGGACCUGAAAAGUCUUAUGAUUGCUGUCCAACCCUUAAACUACUAAUCGCCUCAGGCCAUGUUAUGGUGUUUACAUGGAGAAAUGGAUGCGAGCCUGAGCACAUUGAAGGAAGUGAUGAUUUUGUUCCUUUUCUUUUGCAGCAGGAAAAAAUGAAAGCUAACCAGUUAUCAAUGGAAUUGGAUCAAAAUAGAUUUACAGAUUCAAAUGUUCUUCCUGAACUAAACGAGAUUUUGUGGGAUGAAAACGAAGUAGGGGCAAUAGACUUUGGUCCUUUUGAUGUAGAAUCUGUGGAGAACAUUGAAAUUGAAAAGGAAAACAUAAUAUCAACCUCUUCAUCUGGAAUGCCAGAUAAUCCAAGCGUUGAUGCUGCCAGUCAGUCUAAUGUUACAUUGUCAAUAGACGAAAGAAAACCGAUAGUUGCUUCUGGUGCAUCUGCUCGUUAUCUUUUAGACUCUGCUGAUGGGCGCCAAGCUCUUUUAAAUGAUCUACUUGAAUUGAAUGCGUUUCUUCAACGUUUUCAGGAGGAUUUACUCGAACGAUUAGAUAAUGAAAGUGAAAAUCAGCUCAGCAGAACUGGACGUAAUGUGUUCAAACCUUCCGGCGGUGUUCGUUGUGAUACUAUUCAGAAUAUGAUCAUACAGAAUGCUCCAAAUGAUCUGCUGUCAUAUACAUCAAACGACAUAUCUAAAAUGAUUGAACUUGUUAAAGAAGCUUUGAUUAGGCUGACUACCAGUUCUUUAAGCCAAUUAAUGAUGAUACGAACUAGAAUAGGAUACUUAGAUCGAUUGACUGAUCGACUUUUGGAUUAUAGACGUCAAGCAGAACUGGCUAGAACAAGAGUUAGUCAGACACAAAAACUGAUCGAUAAAGCGUUAUUGGAGCAACAGGAGAAGACAACACAACUUGCACAACUCAAGAACUCUUGUAAGAAACUAGUUAGCUUCUUGGAGGAUGAACUGUCGAGGAUCUGCAAUCGCCAAGUGCAAAUAACUGGACAGUUUUGCGAUCUCUAA